AUGAUUGAAGAUACCGUGAAUCAAGUGAGAUAUAUCCGUGAGAAGAUGAGGGCAGCCCAGGAUCGUCAAAAGGCCUAUGCAGAUCAGAAUAGAAGAGAUAGUGAGUAUCAAAUAGGCGAGAAGGUCUUACUGAAGGUGUCACUUAUGAAAGGGAUGAUGUGUUUUGGGCAAAAAGGAAAGCUUAUCCCGAAGUUUAUAGGUCCCUAUGACAUUAUAGAAAGAAUUGGAAGAUUAGCUUACCGUUUGGAUUUGCCGAAUAACUUGGAAAAGGUGCCAAAGAGUGCAGUGCCUCCUCCUAGUGCAACAGAAGAAAACACUGAUAAUAUUAGGGCUCCUCCUUUAGUUGUAAAUCCUAGUUCUACUGGUGAUCCUACUAAGGAAGUGGAGCUAAGUAUUGCAGAGACACUGACUCCUGUUACUACCCCUGAACCUGUUCAGGGAGGAGAGGAGGAGGAACCUUGGAAGGUGGUCACUAGGAAGUCUAAAGGGAAACAAGUUUCAUUUCAUUCAGCUAGGAUGCAACAUCACGUGGAAGUUUGUGCUCUUUUUGGGACUAGAGUGAGGGAGCCUAAAGCUAUGGCUGUUAAGAAGAAGUUUGGAGCUAGCUGGAGUUGGGUUAGUAAUUAUGAUUACUUUCCUAGAGGUCGAAUUUGGAUAGGAUGGAAGCCUGGAGUAUUUAAAGUAUCUGUGACUAGAAUGACUGAACAAUGUGUCAUAGCUCAAGUUACAAAUCAAGUAAACGAACCAGCAUAUACACUUAUAGCUAUGUAUGGGCUACACUCUAUAGCAGAUAGAAGGCAGCUUUGGCUAGAUUUGAGAAGCAUGGUGGAGGAAGAAGUGUUUCCUUAUUUUAUAAUUGGUGAUUUUAAUACAAUCUACCAAGCUAUAGACAGGGUUAAUGGAGCUCUAGUUAGUAAAGCUGAAACUAGAGAUUUUUCAGAAUUCAUUAUGGAAAUGGGUGUGAUGGAAGCUCCUUGUACUGGAGCUUUCUACUCUUGGAGCACCAAAGCUAUUGGAGAAAGAAUUUCUAGUCGAAUUGACGCGGCUUUUAUCAAUAAGGAUCUCUUAAUCAAGCUGGCAAGUAGCAAUGAAGCUGAGUUUCAGCUAACUGAGAAGGAGGUGGGGGAAAGGCUAAGGCACUGGUCAAGUAUUGAAGAUAACAUCUUAAGACAAAAAGCUAGGAUUAGCUGGAUCAACCUUGCUGAUUCUAACACAAAGUUUUACUUUAAUGUUGUGAAAAUAAGGAAGGCUAGGAAUGCUAUCUCUGUAAUUCAGAAUUCUCAAGGUGAGAUGUUGACUAGAAGAGAAGAUAUCCAAGCUGAAGUGGUGGACUUCUACAAAAAUCUCAUGGGUACUUGUGCUAGCAGUCUUCUUGGUAUUGAUCUGCACACCAUAAGAUCUGGGCCCCAAUUGGGCACUGAUGCUAGGGCAAUGCUUAGUGGGCUAGUCAUUCAUGAUGAAAUUGACCAAGCUUUAUUCUCUAUAGAUGAUAAUAAAGCCCCUGGUAUAGAUGGGUUUGAUGCAGCAGGGUUCAUCCCAGGGAGGACUAUUGCAGAUAAUAUUCUGCUAGCUACUGAAUUGAUUAAGGGAUACUCUAGGGCUCAUGCAUCUCCAAGAUGUGUUAUAAAAGUUGAUAUCAAAAAAGCCUAUGAUUCAGUGGAAUGGAGCUUCUUGGAGAGGGUACUGGUUGAGAUGAGCUUUCCUAAUGUGUUUCAGAUGGAUUAUGACAUGUGUCUUGGGGAAUUGAAGAAUAAUCCUGAUUUUAAUUUUCAUCCAAAAUGUGAGAGGUUGUCACUUACACAACUCAUGUUUGCUGAUGACUCGUUGUUAUUUUCAAGAGCUGAUGUUAGCGCAGUCACCAAAAUCAUGGUUGCCUUUAAUAAAUUUUCCUAUGCUUCAAGCUUGGUGGCUAGUUUAGAUAAGAGCAAUAUCUACAUUGCUUGGGUUAUGGAUCAUGAAGCAGGUCUCCUUGCUGAAACUGUUCCGCUUCCAAUUGGGGAACUACCUUUUAAGUAUUUAGGAGUUCCUCUUGCCUCAAAGAAACUGAAUUUCUCUCAAUGUAAAAUCUUGGUGGAUAAGAUUACAAAGAGAGCUCAAGGGUGGAUAGCUAAGAAUCUCUCUUAUGCUGGUAGACUGCAACUUGUGAGAAGUAUACUGAGUUCAAUGCAAAAUUACUGGGCUCAGUUGUUCUCUCUUCCAAAGAAGCUUCUAAGAGCAGUUGAGGCUGUAUGUAGGAAGUUCUUAUGGACUGGGAAGACAAUGGAGUGUAAGAAAGCACCUGUAGCAUGGAACACUUUUUACAUCCCAAGAGUGGUUGGUGGCUGGAAUUUGAUCAACAUGGAAGUGUGGAACAAAGCUGCCAUUUUGAAGUUGUUGUGGGCUCUAGCUUUCGAGGUUGAUAAGCUAUGGGUUCAAUGGGUAAAUGAGUAUUAUAUGAGAAGAAGUAAUGUGUAUACUGUUGUUAUCAGUAAUAGUAUGUCUAGGCAACUAAAGAAGAUCCUUGCAUCUAGGGCUACUCUUCAAGAUAUAGGAGGAUGGAAUGCAGUUCUUCAUUAUGGCAAAUAUAGCAUUUAA